AUGGCAAACGUUCUGCACCAUCCUAUUGACUUUCACCCACGACCUCUCUCACAUGCCCCUUCGCCAUUUGGCUUUGGAUUUGGUUUGGGCAGCCCUUUGUCGUCCACUGUAUCUUCGUCACCCUGGGGCACUUCUACACCCGGCCACACAAAUCCUACUGCAUUUCAACAAUUGGCUUCCUCCAUCAACCAACCUUCUUCCUCUAGAGUGCAGAAAAGAAGGCACGAUCUUGAGGAAGAUUUGGAUAAUGGUCGGUAUUCUGGGGCUAGGGAUGAAUCAAUGGACAGGAGUCCAACACCUGAAAGGCCUAAACGAGCGGCACCGAAACGUGCACGGGUUGCACCUUCCCAAGAAGCAGCUGGCAAAGAUGCGAAGGAAAACAGGGCACCUGGUACCUCUGAAGAGGAUGAUGUCGAUGUCGGCGUCUUGCUAGCGAGUCUCCCUACACAAUCGUUGCUACCAUUACUUUCUUCGCUAAUCAAAGCUCAACCCUCUCUCAAGUCCACAAUUCUGUCGCUCAUCCCUCGGCCAACACUCGAUACUGCGAUACAAAGCCUCGCACAAUCCGCCAAGAAGUUACGUGAUGCAUAUCCCUAUUCCAAUUCCCCUACGUUCGUCCACCCUUCUACUGGCUACGGGCUUGGUGGUUCGACAGCCUUCAGUCAAACACCAUUGCAACACAAUCAACAAGGCGGCAUGCGGGAUUCCUACAUACUCUCGCGUUUACGACCGAACAUCACAGACUUUGUGGCAUGCUGCAUGUCGUACCUCCCUUAUUUUACAUGUGUUCCUCUUCCCUCGCAGCCAUCAUGCGGUCCCUCUGCAUCGCCACCGCACUUGGCAUCAACGAUCAAGUGUUUGCAUAAAGACAAGUUCCACCCCUCGGAGACUUUCCUUUUCCUAUCGGCGGUUACAAAUCAUCUUUUAUCGCAGCCACCGCUUUGCAUAUCCUCUCUUGGACCUCUUCUUAUUCCCCGACUUUCGGAAGAGUGGAUGGCUUGGACAGACAAGGUGGAUGAAGUCGUCAACCAGCAAGCAGGAAUGUUUGGGAGUGAAAGUGUAAGGAGUUGGGAACGUGGGCUUGAUAACUUUGCGGAUUCGAAAGUGUCCGAGGUGUCGAGCUUUAUGCGUGUUGUCAGGGAUAGAUGGGUGUCGAAAGUAGGUUGGCUGGUUGGGCGAAUGAUUCAACAGGCAAUGGAAGAGCUUUGA